AUGAGCUUCCUCAUUGACUCCAUCCUGAUGGUCAUAUCUCAGCUGCUGUUCUUUGGCUUUGGUUGGCUGUUUUUCAUGCGGCAGCUCUUCAAAGAUUAUGAGGUGCGGCAGUAUGUCGUUCAAGUCGUCUUCUCUGUGACUUUUGCUUUUUCCUGCACUAUGUUUGAACUGAUUAUUUUUGAGAUCCUGGGACUGUUAAAUAGCAGCUCCAGAUACUUCCACUGGAAACUCAAUCUCUGUGUGAUCCUAUUGGUCCUGGUCUUUGUGGUCCCAUUUUACAUUGGCUACUUUGUGGUGAGCAAUAUUCGACUGUUGCAUCGGCAGAGGUUACUCUUCGCCUGUGUCGUGUGGUUGACAUUUAUGUACUUCUUCUGGAAACUGGGAGACCCCUUCCCCAUUCUCAGCCCAAAGCACGGAAUCCUCUCCAUUGAGCAGCUGAUCAGCCGGGUGGGUGUCAUUGGGGUGACACUGAUGGCCUUACUGUCUGGUUUUGGUGCUGUGAAUUGUCCCUAUACCUAUAUGUCCUACUUCUUAAGGAAUGUCACCGAAGCAGACAUUCAGGCUCUAGAACGAAGAUUGCUGCAAACGAUGGACAUGAUUGUCAGCAAGAAGAAGAGGAUAGCAACGGUGCGAAGGAACAUGUUUCAGAAGGGAGAAGUGCACAGCCGCCCUGGUGGAUUCUGGGGGAUGAUAAAGAGUGUCACAUCUUCAGCUCCCGGCAGUGAAAACCUCUCUCAGAUCCAGCAGGAGGUGGACGCUCUGGAGGAACUGAGUCGGCAACUCUUUUUGGAGACUGUAGACCUUUAUGCGACUAAGGAGAGAAUUGAAUACUCUAAAACCUUCCAAGGCAAAUACUUCAAUUUCCUGGGCUACUUUUUCUCCAUUUACUGUGUCUGGAAGAUAUUUAUGGCUACAAUCAACAUCGUAUUUGACAGAGUUGGAAAGACUGACCCUGUGACCAGAGGGAUCGAGAUCACUGUGAACUACCUGGGCAUACAAUUUGAUGUGAAGUUCUGGUCCCAGCACAUCUCCUUCAUUCUGGUGGGAAUCAUCAUUGUCACCUCAAUCCGAGGACUGCUGAUCACACUCACCAAGGUACAUGACUCCCAUAAUGCAUCUGAGAAUAUUGGGGGGAGUUGGUGA